ACCAAACAUUUUACUUCCGAAUUCGCAAGCAAACACAGUUUCGUUUUCAGUUUCGGAAUCAAUAUACAACACGCCGAUCGACAUCGUCCGUGAACGCAGUAUUAACAUCAGAACCGAUUUCGAUUUGUCUUUAGUUUGUUGUUUGUUUCUCGCCUCGUCGUGUAUCAGUAUCAUUUUAAGUACGCUCACUGGCGCUCUCGAGUACCAGAGUGUCUGCCAGCCUGCUUGCCUCCCUGCCAAUGCUAGACUGGUUUAGUUUAAUUAAUCAAAUGACAUAGCGAUUAACAACAGUGAUUUUUAGAAUAUUGUUUCAAUUUUAUAAAAGGAAAAAAAAAAGAAAUAAAACAAAAAUAAUUGCCAUUAUGUAUGUAAAUUAAAUUAAAACAAAAGAAAAAACAGACAACUGCGCCACCAAAGAUAAAAACAACGCCAUUGUAUUGCCUUUCAAAUAAGCUGAGAGCCCAAACAGUACAAAAAAAAACAAAGCAAAACCAAUUGCACACAGCACUUUAUAUAAAAGGAAGUCAAAACACCAUUCUCAGAGAUCCUUAUCUCUCACAAAACUAUACUUACCAUAUUAAAGCACUGACAGUGUGAGAGAGAGAGAGAAAGAGAACCAAACAACGAAUUUAUAAAAUAGUUCCUAAUUUAACAAAACUACCUACAACAAAUCCUCUUUAUCAAAAUAACGGCUUUUAACGCCUUUCAAGUAGUUCCUAUUAAAAUCGCGCUAUAGAAAAACGUGUUUUUCAUAAUAGAAAUCACAUUUGAUGUGUCAAUAGUUUAUUAACAGCAACAAUUUGCAAAACAAGCCAGUGAAAACUCACAACUAUUGCACACAUACACACAUUAACAAUUGCAACAGCUGUAGCAGCAGCAGCAGCAGUGCACAACAAUAACAACAACUGCGACCACCAUUCAUUAAAGUGCGCGUAGUAAUAUGUCAGGCUUGGGCUUAAUUCUGUUAUCGAUGAUGGGUCUUGGCCACCAAAUGCAACCACAACAUUCAGGCAUAGUCACAAGGGCAGAAUGGGGUGCCCGUAGCCCCAAGUUAGUGGAACAUUUUCCGGGACCAGCACCAUUUGUGAUAAUACAUCAUUCAUAUCAGCCGGCUGCAUGUAACACAAAUGAAGAUUGUCGCAAAGCCAUGCGUGCCAUGCAGGACUAUCAUCAAUUGACUCAUGACUGGAAUGACAUUGGCUAUAGUUUUGCCAUUGGUGGUGAUGGCAUGAUUUAUGUGGGUAGAGGUUUCAAUGUCAUUGGAGCACAUGCACCCAAGUACAAUGAUAAGAGUGUGGGAAUUUGUCUAAUUGGUGAUUGGAGAACUGAAAUGCCUCCCCCACAAAUGUUGCAGGCUGCCAAAGAUUUGAUAGCUUUCGGUGUGGCCAAGGGCUAUAUACACCCCCAAUUUAAAUUGAUGGGUCAUCGUCAGGUACGAGACACAGAGUGCCCGGGUACUCGUCUUUUCAAUGAGAUAUCAACGUGGGAUCAUUUUAGCCCCAAGCCCAAUACCACCGAAAAUGAAGUCAAUUAAUUUUUUUUAAUUGCACUAAGCCAACACCCACCUCCCAAAUAUAUAUUAUUAAUUAAUUAUUGUAUUAGUUAAAAAAAUUUGUAAUUAUUGUAUGUAAGAUCUUGUUUUUUAAGUUAGACAAUACAUGAAUUAAUUCAAUAAUUCAUGUUAAUAUACCAACAUGCACAGAUGUCUGCAAUGUUUUGGGAUGUGUGCAUGAUGGAAAGAAAAUAUAUGUAUGAUUUGUAAAAUAGAAAA